AUGACUCAUCUGCUCUGUUCAAGCAACUUACAGAAGAAUGUGGAAAAUUGGUUAGUCAAAUUGUGUGUCACUGGAAAGGAAAAAGAAAGUAUUGUUCCAGAUAUCUUUAGCCGGCAAAUUGGAGACAUUUAUGAACAUGGGUUGUUCGAUGCUGAAAUUCCGAAACAAUUUUGGAGCCAAAUGAAAGUUGUCAAGGAAAAGUGCAUGAAGGUCCAAAAGAAUGGUUGGAGGUUUUAUGAGUGGUUUGUCAACAAGGAAAAAUGCCUACAUCAUGUUAUCGCUCUGGUUCUCCAAGGAGCAGGACUAGGCUGUCCACCAUUGAAAUUCACCAUGAACAGAUUGGAACUAGCAGAUGGGGUCAUUCAAGAUCACAUUAAACAAUGA